UCAGACUGUAGAGGUGUGCUCAAGCUGUGAAACAGCAUAGUCUGUGUUUACUAAAAAAAAAAUAAUAAAAAUAAAAUAAAAAACUAAAGGCGCUUAAACGUUUUAUGUAAUAAUGCGUAAUAUUUUAGCGACAAGAAAGACAAACUGAGGACGGACCAGAGAAUAAAUCAACAUGUCUGCUACUGAGACCGCCGAGUCAGGCUCUCCAGAGAACAAAGCGGAUCGGGCUGAUGGGGACACGAAUUACCCGCUGAAAGUGCUUUAUUGUGGAGUGUGCUCCUUGCCGACAGAGUAUUGUGAGUACAUGCCCGAGCCAGCAAAAUGCAGACAAUGGCUUGAGAAAAAUUGCCCAAGCAUGUUUGCUAGAAUGACCGUUGGGAAUGCACCCAAGCAGGAAAUAGGAGGAGAGGGAGGAGGAGGUGGAGGAGUGGGCACAGGGGUGCCACCUGCUGGAGAGGAAGAAGAGAAGAAGAAGCAGAAAAGAGGUGGCAGAGGUCAAAUCAAACAGAAGAAGAAGACCGUUCCCCAGAAAGUCACGAUAGCAAAAAUCCCACGUGCUAAGAAAAAAUAUGUCACAAGAGUGUGCGGCUUGGCCACCUUUGACAUAGAUCUUAAAGAGGCUCAGAGAUUCUUUGCUCAGAAAUUCUCCUGUGGCGCCUCAGUGACAGCGGAAGAUGAAAUCAUCAUUCAGGGAGACUUUACAGAUGACAUCAUUGACGUCAUCCAGGAGAAGUGGCCUGAGGUGGACGAUGAUAGCAUUGACGAUCUUGGAGAGGUCAAGAAAUGAAAUCCUGAUGUGCACUUUUACUGAAACAGUUGCGACACGACACACAAAAAACAUGGCCAAAUGUACACAUUAACAUCAAGUUGUUUUAUAUCUCUUUUAUUUACUGUAUAGAACAUGGUGGACUUGGCCACACCCUUGGCGCUUUUUUCUCCCCCUCCCAGUUCUAAUUAGCUGCUUACGCUCUUGGUUGCCAAAGGUCUGGUAUGAUGUGAAUAUCUCAACACUUUGCUCAACCAAACUUCAAUGCUAAUAAAUUCCAGGCUCAUUGGCUCGUU